CUUCAUUUUCCAACCACGACAAGAUCAACACGAGAAGAAGACCGUCGCCAAAAGAGGGAAACCUGAAAACUUCGUGCGUGUAGCUUGUUUGUGUUGUGAAGUUGACAAAAUUUAAUCCUUCAGGGGCGAGUUCAAAGCGUUCAACAGAAUGCAGAGGGCUUCCCGGUUGAAGCGUGAACUUCAGAUGCUUAGCACCGAGCCUCCUCCUGGGAUAACAUGCUGGCAGACCGAGGAGCGGAUCGACGACCUCCGAGCACAGAUAGUUGGCGGUGCAGAAACUCCUUAUGAAGGUGGAAUCUUCUCCCUGGAGGUGAAGAUCCCAGAAAGGUAUCCAUUUGAACCUCCAAACAUUCGGUUUUUGACCCCAAUCUACCACCCAAACAUUGACAACUCGGGACGAAUUUGCCAUGAUGCUCUCAAACUCCCACCAAAGGGUGCCUGGAGGCCAUCUCUAAAUAUCUCUACCGUCCUCACCUCAAUCCAACUUCUCAUGGCUGAGCCCAAUCCCGAUGACCCGUUAAUGGCUGAUAUAUCGUCAGAGUUCAAAUACAACAGACACGUGUUCACAGAGAAGGCCAAGAAGUGGACCCAGGAACAUGCAGUUCAGAAGAACAAAGGAGUUGUGGAAGACGACAAAGAAAAUGCUACAGAUCAGAAGGAGUCGUCUCGGAAACGAGAUGCGCUCUAUUCCCUGCGGGAGGCAGAACAAUCUGUGAAGAGGCCCUGCGUGUAGUUCCCCCAUCGAUUGACUCGCUUCAUCUUGCAAACCAACAUUUCUUGUGCACCUCUUAACACAUUUUAUUAUUUUUUUUCUUUAAUCUGCUGCUUACAUGUUGAAUAGAUGCCAUAUUUAUAAGUAUACUGUGUGCCUGUGAUUAAUAAAACUUUGAAGAUUUGUUUGAUA